AUGCUGCGCGAAAGUGGCCGCCAAAUCAGAUUUCGUGCGGAAGUGGCCAACAUCAUUAACUUAUCGAGGCUCCUAAAGUCCGGCUGCCGGAUGUUGCACUUCGCGGGUCAGGGCAACGACAAGUACCUGGCCUUCGAAUCAGGGCGUGAUUGGAACUGCGGGAUUAUGGAGCCUCUUGAGGUGGCGUCUCUGAGUAACCUGUUUCAGGCUGGCGGGGUGCGGACGGAGCUGGUGUUUAUCAGCUCGUGUUCUUCGGAGAUGAGCGGUAGAGCCUGCGUGGAGGCUGGCGUGCCGCACGUCGUCGCCGUCAAGCACAAAGCGAACGUGACAGGCGGGAACCACGAUGUCAGAAUAUUUGAAACGCUUCCGGAAGGGCAACUGGUAGACGAGACCCACCCCCCGACCCCCCGACCCCCCUGCAAGAAGGCAGUACCAUCCUAUAAGGGUCUGGCGGGGCUCCAGCAAGUGGUCAGAUUGUUGCUGGACGAGAGAGCGGCGUGCGUUACCAUCACCGGCGAGCCCGGGUCCGGUAAGACGGAGCGGGCCAUCCAGGCCUGCGACUACGUGAGGGAGAGGCACCGCUUCGAUUGCUUCCUGUGGGCGGACUGCGACAAGGCCGCCUUGAAUUCCUGCUCCGACAAGUCCGGCAACCCGUUCUUUGCCCUCCCAACCUGUCUGAAGGAUUCUGCCUGGGAAGACCCCUGCCGGCUGAUUGGGCUCGCCAUUGGCAUGCCCCAGCCUGGACCGACCUCUGAGCAGGAGUUGCAUCAAUUCAUCUUCAACAACCCCAACACCGAUUCGGGGCAGCCUUUCCAGAAGGUCCUACUGGUGCUGGACAAUGUCGACUCGCUGCUCGAGCGGGACGGAGACGCCCAGGACCGUCUCGUACAACUCCUGUGCAACCUCUGCUCCAUCGGCGAUGGGGGCCACCUGAAGCUGCUCGCGACGAGCGAGCACAAGCUGCUGAGCGGCCACGAGCGCUUCCGCGGCGGCACCGAGACGGUGGCCAGGGUCGAGCCCCUGGAGACCCGGCACGCCUCGGAAUUGCUGAUGGACAACCUUCCGCGGAACUUGGAGCUGACGGAGCUCGGUCUCGAGAGCGGCGGCCUCUCGCUCGCCGACGUCCUGACCGCGGUGCAAAAUCACCCGGUCCUCAAGGAGGUGUUGGAGAUUGCCGAGGGUCACCCGGGGACGCUGGUGCGGCUUGCUCCGGUACUCCUCGACGGGUCUCUGGACGACGCUUGCAGGUUGAAAGAGAUGACGACUAGGCGAGUCGUUGUUGCAGCGAGAGUCAUGGUCUGGAGGUUGUUUGAGUGGCUGUUGCUCUUGGGCGCGACAAAAGUCGCUUAUAACUGGGACCUCGCUACAAUCGGCAGCCUUUCCGAAGAAUGCCGCGCAGACUUCAGAGAUAAAUCAUACAGACGCAGAAGGUACGGCCGCCCGAACUCCAACCGUACUGCAGUCAGCAGCAAAGGAGAGCUUAGCGUGACCAUGACCCUGUCCAGUAGCACGGGUGCACCCAGAUCGCCGAUGAUACUCAGCCCAAUGGGGCCCGCCUUCGGCGAUACCCACGAUCAACGCAACCGUGGCGACACGAGAUUCUUGCAGCGCGACAGCAGCAGCGGCGGCGGCAGCGGAGGCGGUGGACGGGCGGGGAUGACGAGCCCCGUCCGGCCUGUGCCGAACGAAACGGUGAGAGAAGGCCCCGCGAGGGCCCACAGCAGCAGCCCGCCGGCGAGGUGCAGGAACCCCGAGUGGCACGGCCCGCCGCAGCCUCCUCCACACUCCCUCCUCCACCAGCAACUCCAGGAUCACCGUCGGGUGUUGGCGCAGGAGGCACCGGACGACGAACCCGAAUCCCCCCAGAUGGACAUGGAGGAGCAGCGCACCCGGGAUCUGGCCAGGGCGGCGGGAGUGGUCGACCGAGGUUGUCGCCUCGUCUGGGUCACCGCCACGUCAAGGAUGGCGGGUGGCUGCCGACAAGACGACGGCGGCGGUAGCGGCGGUGGGUGGUCCUCGAGGAGGGGAAAACUCGUGUCGUGGGAGUGCCUCCAGGAGAGCCUGAUGGAGCACCUCAGGGAAGGGACGAAGACGACAAGGAACUGGGACGACCCCAUCAUUUCCCCACACGGGCGCGUCGCGGACACGCCACAGCUCGAAUUCAUCCGCGGCAUUCUUCGUCGCGGACAAGAGGCGGUGGCCAGGGCGCGGUGGGGAGCGACGGGGGAUGAAUGUCCGGAAGUUGAUGGGGGCUGCCGCUACGACUUCAUCUCGGUGGAGGCGUUCGCGAAGUUCUCGCAGUGGUGGGCUCCGCUAAUAUCGACGCUGGGCAUAAUCAGGAACGACUGGGCAAGGACGCGUCCCGUCAGGGUGCAUGGCUUUAUGAGCAGGCUGGCGGCGAAGAGACUGCUGAUGCAAAGGGAGUGUGGGACGUUCUUACUGAGGUUCAGCGAGAGUAAAAUGGGCGCGCUGGUCAUCAGCUUCACACAACCUUCGGUGAGUCCGGGCCGGCGCUCCCUGAGCGUCAAGCACUCCCUCGUGGAGGUCAAAUGGGGGGGUCGUUGCUGUAUCCAGGCGGAGAAGGGGGGCAUGCGUUGCUACGCGUCGUUGCACGAUUUCGUGAGACGGAUCCCUGAACUCAAGAAGCUCUACCCGGAUAUUCCCAAGGAGGAGGCCUUCGGCGAGACACCAAGAUCGCCCCCGGCAACCGCUAGCGGGCCGGGUGCGGCACGGAGAGACGAACUGGUGGCGGAAACUGAAUCAUUGAUCAAGGGGAGAAUGUCUGCGUUGGAGGGCAAUCGAAGGCUGGCGUGCCCCCGCACGGCGAAAGGGGGAAUAAUUCAGAGAGAGCUGACCGCCGAUAUCCACGAAAAACCUGCAGCUGGUACUACUUCCCCUCGGGACCCCAGCGAGCACCCGACGCCUCACACGCCAGGAAAAAAUCCUCUUCAUUGGAGGAACGGUUCGAGUGGGUGUUGCCUUCAAAUUCACGGACACAAUUGAACGCAUAAACUUUUGUCUCGUUUUGGUCAAAGAGAGAACAUCAACAGCAAUCUACGGGGACGGGCGGAAAUUGUUGGCAGUUACCUAUGCAGCCUUACCAGGCAUCCAGUAGUUUGGCAGAAAGACUAUACAUUGUAGCCCAAUGAGUAAGCGGCGUGCGCCAGUUCUCGUCGACGGCCCGAGGGUUUGCCCCUCGGUCCAGCAGCAGCUGGCAGCACCGCGAAUCGUCGUUGGCAGCCGCGACGUGCAUUGCAGUUCACUUGCGCCCCGUCUUCCGCCUCCAGCGCCGCCUUAGUUGUUGAGCCACCUCGAGUUGUCCCUUUCUGACAGACACCAUGAUGAGCGGGGUCCAUUGAUCAGCGUCUGCGUUGUCUUUGAUGCCCCCGGCUUUCAGUAAGGCUCUCGCCUCGCCCAGGCUUCCAUCUCCUUUCGCUUCGUGUAUUAUGGCGAUCUUGUUGCUCGACAUGCUCGUCGGCACUGCUUCGUGUGUUGGAUUGUUUCGAGUGCUUCGCGCAACAAGGUUGGGCGUUGCGACACAGAAAGUUCCGAGGCGAAUGCUGAGAUAGUGCUGUCGUUGCCUAUUCUCUCGUCCGCGGUGCCUUUCUGUGGAUUAAGAGAGACUGUGAUAGUCUACAUGUAUGUACCGCAGUAGGGAACAAUUCCAAGUAAUGUUGUGUGACGUGUUUGCGCGUGCG